GUGAAGACCGGGACAGGCGGCGGUAGGGCGGGCAGGCGAUGCACAACUAAGCCGGUGGCAUGGCUCCGUCGGCGGCGCCGUGCGACUACUACGAGCUGCUGGGCGUAAGCCGCAGCGCGGGUCCCGAGGACAUCCGCCAGGCGUACCGGCGCAGGGCACUGCGCUGGCACCCCGACAAGAACCCCGGACGCAGCGAUGUGGCCGAGGGUCGCUUCAAGCGCCUUCACGAAGCGUACACGGUGCUGAGCAGCGCGGUGGAUCGCGCGGCCUACGACCGCGCGCACCCGGCCAGGCAGCCAACCGUGCGCCAGAGGCUGGCGGAGCGCUUCAGGGCCAACGGCUCCAGGCACCUGUUCACCCUGUCGUUGCGACACGCUGAGGACGUGCUUCAGGACCUGCUCAACAAAAUCAAGAGUCCCGGAUCGACCAGCUCGCCGGAUCCAUCGACGCCCUUCGGACGUCCUCACAUGUUCAGCGCGGCUCCUUCUAACGGCCCAGCCGCCGUCCCUCUUCCCCGAGCAGUCCCCGCUCGCGCAGUCCUCGAAGCUUGCCUAUUUACUGGUACCAUCGCACUUUCCAGCACCGCGCCCCCCAGUGCAAGUCCCCAUGCCAAUGGUCGGGAAAUGCACUGCGACAUCACUGACGGCAGCCUGUGA